CUGUCUGCGUGACGUACGGCAAUGUAAGGAGAGCGUGUGUGCUCUGUUAGCGUAGAGCUCAUGUCAGGCUUUGCCAUGGGGGAGAGUGUGGAGAGCAGCAGCCGGGGGUGGACUCGGGGGUACCUGGACAGCCUGGCAGUGGUGAAGCAGGGGGCAGAGGCUCGGGUGUACAGGGGGCAUUUUCUGGGCAGGGCGGCCGUGGUUAAGGAGAGGUUCCCUAAGACAUACAGACACCCAGCCCUGGAUGAGAAGCUGACCCACAGGCGGACAGCACAGGAGGUGCGCUCUAUACUGAGGUGCAGGAAGGCAGGCAUUUCAGCUCCUGUGGUCUAUUUUGUUGACUAUGUUUCCAACUGCAUUUACCUUGAAGAUAUUGAGCAAUCCACCACGGUCCGUGACUAUAUCGUGAGUACGCAGCAGACCGAAAAAGCCGACGGCAAACUGUCUGAUUUGGCAGAGAAGAUAGGCCAGUUAUUGGCACGAAUGCAUGAUGAAGAUGUAAUUCAUGGAGAUCUUACGACCUCAAACAUGCUCUUGCGCUCCCCGUUUGAUGAACUGAACCUAGUGAUGAUUGAUUUUGGUCUGAGUUUUAUCUCCGCACUUCCAGAGGACAAAGGAGUUGACCUGUAUGUUCUUGAAAAAGCAUUUCUCAGCACUCAUCCCAAUACUGAAAAAAUUUUCAAGGCUUUGCUCAAAAGUUACACUUCAACAUCUAAGAAAUCAGGCCCAGUGAUUAAAAAACUUGACGAGGUCAGACUUAGAGGGAGAAAAAGAUCUAUGGUGGGAUAGUGUAAAUCUUUGAUGGAUUGUAUUUGUUUAUAUUUAAUCAGUAACAUGGAAAAAAUACUUUGUUUUAUAAUAAAAACGUGUAAAACCACA